AUGGCAAUGCAAGGCCACUCACCCGCCUUCAAUGGACCUUCGAGUCCUCCUCGUUCAUUCACCGGCUACUCCGAACCUCAGCAGCCUCAAACAAUGUACGGCCUUCCUCGCACGAUGCUACCACCGUCUCCGCAGCAUUAUCCUCCUCCCCGAUUUGGUCAGCAGCCUUUCCCAGAGAACUCUGCUGCCAUUGCCGUGAACAGCGGAGCACCACUCCCCCAUAAGAGGCCAGGAAGCAGCAUGUCGAUAUCUUCGAUGUUGGGUUCCGAACCCGAAAAGCCGGUUCACGAGCAAUAUCGCAGCCAUAACCAGCCGUCCAGACCGCCUUCAGGGCAGCUCUCGCAUCCAGGACCCUCCAUGUCACUGGGCGCAGUCAUGUCGCCGCCCCAGUACCCAUCCAAACAGGGUCCCGGGGAAUACUCGUACAAGCCAAGAUCGAAAACUCCUGACAGAAUGGCAGGAACAGCACUGGGCGCAAGGCCGCAUCGCUCAAGUUCGGGAACCAUGACCCAGCGACCAGGACCAUUCUAUGAACCUCCUCCGCGGUCCGGGCCAAGUCAGUCAAACAUGAACCCGUAUCCGGAACCUAGAUAUACACCUCCUUUCGGUCCUACGGCCAUGCCAAAGGAUGAAUUUGAGGACCGCGCCCGUCGCACCAGUCUUGGAGGUAUUCUGCAGCGACCGGAAAGUCAGCCGCAGCCGAGCAACAUCUCGCCACCAUUCCCGCCCGCGUCACAUCCACCAGCUAGACCAGAGAGUAUACCUCCCUCCCUUCCGCCGAUCGACCGGGCUGGGGCCCAGCCAAUGAGCGGUCACGACCCUCCACGUUCAAACGGGCUGACCGGAGCCUACGACACUCGUCCACCGAGCUUGCCAACAUUGUCUCGUCUUCCACAGACGGCACCUCCCCCACUGCCUGUGUCCGUUCCCCAUGAACGGCCUGCUACUCAAUCGCUCUCCCCCGAAAUAAGACGCACUCACCUCAAUGGCGGCGAGGGUCGUCUGGCAGGCAUCCUAAAUCAACAAGGAGAGCCGAUAUACGGGGCGCAAAAUAUGAUGCGGCAAGACUCUGUGCAGUCGCUAAGCGAUCGUUCCGUCCUUGGCGAUCGCUUGCGAACUAACCGAGCCUACUCCCCAUUUGCCGGGUCGGUCGCGUCGGGGCCUCUGGAAGACCAAGUUCGCAAAGGCAGCGAAGAACUAUCACAACACAGAACCAUUCUCGGUUUAGCAAAUGAAUCGAAACGUGGCAGAUACUCGCCUGUGCCUCAAGCAGUGCAAGGCGCUCAAGCCCAGACUCCAGUACCAGAUGCUGGUAUCAAGACUGAACACGGUCGAGUUUUUGCUGGUAUUGGGAGUGGACUCGGUACUACCUCUGCUGGUCCCACUCCCACGCCCCAGCCUCUACCUGCCAGCCCGUUCAAGCGGGAUGAAGGCGGUGCUCGCCUAAGUGAAGAGAAUCUUAUGAAGAUGUCCCGAAGUACUUCAGGAAUCAGCAAACGCAAUCGAAAGGUGCUGGAUGAAGAUGUUAGAGCCGAAAGUGAUGUGGGCGACGUAAAGAAGCCGGGCCCGGGGCGAGGCAAGAGAAGCAAGUACUCCCACUCAUACAAGCUGGACCUUGACGACACUCCGCCGGGGCAGCGAAAGAAUGGGGUAUUCCCAACAUCGAACCCUGUUCGACGAGUAGGCACCCCAACAUCCAAUCCUGCGCAACACCUUCACAACCCACAGCUUCCGCAUCCGUCUUCGGCGGCAGGCCGAUCUACUUUCAAACCUAGGAAGGUGAUCAGGAUCUCGUCAGUCCUGGCGCAAGUUCGACGAAAUCCACGUCGUCACCUUGGUUUCUUCAAAUAUGAACCUGUGGUCGGUGUUCCCGACUUCGACCGGGCGCAGCCGCAGAAGUUCGACGUUUCCAUCCGGCCAAAUCUCUUGCCUUCCUUCAAGGACCCAGAUCACAUUAACUGUACUUAUACCAUCAAGGUGUCCAGCAUGUGGCUUCAACAGAAAGAAAGGAACCUCAUCGGCUGCGAACAAUACCUGUGGGGAUCAGGUAUCUAUACGGAUGACUCUGAUCCAGUGGCAGCUGCAAUGCAUUCUGGGUUCAUCCAGUCUGCCCACAUCGAAGACACUCUUCUGAACAGGCUCAUUGAUGAGCAAAACCCCAGAAUCGAAGGUCUACCAGCGCCGGAUAAGCCAGUUCCGGUGCCAGAGGGAAAGGAUCUGCACAUCACUCUGGUUGUACUGCCACAAUUGGAAAGCUACGCGGACAGUGUCCGCUUUGGAAUCAAGAGUCGCAGUUGGCCUGAACCUAGUGCAGAGACCUUGGCAGAACACCAGGCACCGCAUGAUGGUGUGAGUUUCAUGGUUCUGAAGACCCAAUUCGUCGAUGACGGCGUGAUGAACCGGCGGCUGGGGCGAACAGGCGAGGAGAAACGCAAAAGAUUGCGAGAGGAAUUAGCGGACCGCCAACGGGGUCUCGAACUUAUGAAGGAAAAGAUCGCCAUUGCCCAAGCAAAAGAGAAAGAGAGAUUGGCAAAAUUGAGUCGCCGCAGAAAAGAGCCCUUAUUCGGUGGUGAAAAGGCCACUGCGAGGACAGAGGAGAGAACCUGGGGCAACACGGGUCUUCCUGGUCGAUUGCAUGAAGGCGGAGAAGAAAAGGAGAACCACUUGCCUGCUAAAAAUAAGGCGGAACAGCCUUCGGAAGAUGGGGGCAAUACAGAAGGGGGCACUGCUACUGAAGAGAUGAUGAAGCUUGAUGGGGUUGGACAGAGCCCCGACUCGUGGAUCAAGCAGCUCAACGACGUCGCCGCCACUGCUUAG